CUAGUGUAAUGUGAUUGCGUAUAUAUUCCCUCAGAUUUGCCGCUAGGGCUAUUUUCAGCUGCCUGCCGUCGCCUGAGCAUUCAACCAUUAAAGCUCUGCAUAUCUCCGAUCGCUUGAUCAACUUCAGGUCUGCACCAACGGGUUCAGCUGACAAUGGCAGACAAUGGUUCAGUUAACGAUGAUACCACCAAUCAAAAUUCAGAGAUUAUCAAAACCGAAUCAGCACCAAUUGAUGAAUUAUCAAGAGAGAUUCAAGAAACCCUCUCUGUUUCACAAAGGCACAAGUUCUGGGAAACACAACCCGUAGGACAAUUCAAAGAUUUACGCGACACUAGCUUACCUGAAGGCCCAAUCGAACCCCCAACACCAUUAUCUGAAGUCAAACAAGAACCCUACAAUCUUCCAAAUCUUUACGAAUGGGUCACUUGUGAUAUGAACUCUGAAGAAACAUGUCUUGAAGUCUACAACCUCCUCUCAAACAACUAUGUAGAAGAUGAUGAAAACAUGUUCAGAUUCAAUUACUCCAAAGAGUUUCUCCAGUGGGCCCUACACCCUCCUGGCUACUUCAAAACCUGGCACAUAGGCGUACGUGUCAAAUCAUCAAAAAAGUUAGUUGCUUUCAUAACUGGAAUCCCCGCCAAAAUCCGAGUUCAAAACGAGAUCAUAACAAUGGCAGAAGUCAACUUCUUGUGUGUUCACAAGAAACUCAGGUCAAAAAGAUUAGCCCCUGUUAUGAUCAAAGAGGUUACACGAAGGGUACAUUUGGAAAACAUCUGGCAAGCUGCUUACACUGCUGGAGUUGUUCUUCCUACACCCAUAACUUCAUGUCAAUAUUGGCACAGAUCUUUAAACCCUAAAAAACUUAUCGAUGUUGGGUUUUCAAGACUCGGUCCUAGGAUGACCAUGAGUAGAACAAUGAAACUUUAUAAAUUACCCGAUUCGCCCCUGACACCCGGAUUUAGAAAAAUGGAGCUUCGUGAUGUUCCUAGUGUCACAAGACUGUUGAAAACUUAUCUACUGGAGUUUGUUGUGGCACCUGAUUUUGAUGAGAUGGAUGUUGAACAUUGGAUUGUUCCUAAAGAAGGUGUUGUUGAUAGUUUUGUGGUUGAAAGUCAAGAGACUCAUGAAGUGACUGAUUUUUGUAGUUUUUACAGUUUGCCAUCUUCGAUUCUUGGACACCCGAAUCAUUCGAAUUUGAAAGCGGCUUAUUCUUAUUAUAAUGUGGCAACAAAGACUCCAUUGAUUCAGUUGAUGAAUGAUGCACUUAUUGUGGCGAAGCAGAUGGAUUUUGAUGUUUUUAAUGCAUUGGAUGUGAUGCAUAAUGAAGGGUUUUUGAAGGAGUUGAAGUUUGGACCUGGUGAUGGUAAGCUUCAUUAUUAUUUGUAUAAUUAUAGGAUUAAGAGUAUGUUAAGAUCAUCUGAACUUGGGCUUGUGUUGUUGUAAUUUUGGAUUUUUUGUACUGAUUUUUCGUUGUUUUUUUUUUUUAGAUUUUUAUGGAUGUUUUUUGUACUCUUGUUGGUAAUUUGACCUUAUGAAUUCAUAAUCUUUUAUUUAGUUUCUGAUUCCAUUUC